CACUCUCCUAAUGCCAUGAGCCUGACACAUGCCGUGUCUGUCUGCAGGGUUCCAGUACCCACCACACACUGUAAGCCGACUGCACUCUCUACCCCGGAAGUACUGACACGACAACCGGAAGUGCAUCAUCUAGCCAUGUGCGUGUGUCUUGCCUCUUCCUGGCUGCUGCCCAUGUGAGUGCUCUGGCAGCGUGUACCCAGCUGUGUGCUCCACCGACAGGACCCAGCGCCAUGGACAGUGCCAAGAAGUGGCUCAAUCUGCCCAGGCAGCCGAGUCUGAAGAACCUGACGGAGCCUGGCUAUGGGCUGCCCGCAGAGAAGCAGCACCCAGCGCUGCAGGAGCUCACCACGGCUCACAUUGACUCCUUCAACCAAGCUAUGACAGAGGGGCUGAGUCUGGCAGUACAGGCUAUGAAACCACUAGAGUUCGCUUUUAAAAAUGAUCAAGUCUCAUUUUCCAUUGUGGAUGCGUCUAUAACUCCUCCUAUGGUUCCAAAAGGAAACAUCUGUAAAGAACAUAGGAUUUACCCAGCAGAAUGCAGAGGACGCAGAAGCACGUAUCGAGGAAAGUUAACUGCAGACAUAAGCUGGUCUUUAAAUGGAGUCCCGAAGGGUGUCAUCAAACAGUCACUUGGUCAUAUUCCUAUAAUGGUGAAAUCAAAGCUCUGCAAUUUAUAUGGCUUAUCACCAAAACAACUUAUUGAACAUCAUGAGGAAGAGCAGGAAAUGGGUGGUUAUUUCAUAAUAAAUGGGAUAGAGAAAGUUAUUCGAAUGCUGAUCAUGCCUCGGAGGAAUUUUCCCAUUGCAAUGAGUCGCCCUAAGUGGAAAAACAGAGGACCUGGUUACACGCAAUAUGGUAUAACUGUACGUUGUGUGCAAGAUGAACAUACAGCUGUUAAUAUGAACCUUCACUAUCUGGAAAAUGGCUCAAUCAUGGUGAAUUUCAUCUAUCAGAAAGAACUUUUCUUCAUCCCACUCGGAUUCGCAUUAAAGGCAUUGGUUGACUAUACAGAUUAUCAGAUUUUCUCUGAGUUGAUUAAAGGCAAAGAAGACGAUUCCUUCUACAGGGACUGUGUCACUCAGAUGCUCAGAGUGGUAAUGGUAGAAGGUUGCCAUAGUCACAAAAAAGUUCUUCAAUAUCUAGGGGAACGUUUCCGGGUGAAAUUUUACCUUCCCGAAUGGUAUACAGAUGAACAGGCUGCUGAGUUCCUACUGAAGCAGUGCAUUUGUAUUCAUCUUAAUUCCAACAUUGACAAGUUUUACAUGCUUUGCCAAAUGACAAGGAAACUAUUCACUUUUGCCAAGGAAGGAUGUACGGAGGAGAACCCAGACAGCCUCAUGAAUCAGGAAGUUUUAACACCUGGGCAACUUCUACUUAUGUUUCUAAAGGAAAAGAUGGAGUCUUGGUUAGGUUCAGCAAAACUAAAUCUUGACAAAAAAUCCCAGAAGACAGCUGUUGUUCUUUCCUCUGAAGUCAUUAUGAAAAUAUUAUCAUCAACAUCAGACCUCACAAAACCAUGUGAAUAUUUGCUGGCCACAGGCAAUCUGCGCUCUAAAACAGGUCUUGGUAUGCUGCAGGCUUCUGGUCUAGCUGUUGUGGCUGACAAGUUAAACUUUAUUCGGUAUUUGUCCCACUUCCGCUGCGUACACAGAGGUGCCGCCUUUGCCAAAAUGAGAACAACCAGCGUAAGACGCCUGCUACCUGAAUCCUGGGGGUUCUUAUGCCCUGUGCACACACCUGAUGGCGAGCCUUGUGGAUUGAUGAAUCACAUGACAGCAGCUUGUGAGAUUGUGACACAGACGUCAUUCAGUACUUCCUUAUUACCUCUUCUCUGCUCUCUAGGUGUUACACCAGUGGAUGGUAUUCCGGGAAAGCCUUUUGUUGACUGCUACCAAGUAAUGUUCGAUGGCUCCAUGGUCGGUUGGAUAGAAAAAGACAUGGCUCCUAUCCUUGUCAGCACUCUACGACGUUUUAAGGUAACACAAGAACGUAAAAUACCACCCUGGACUGAGAUUGUGCUCAUUCCAAUGACUGGUAAAGCAAGCUUGUACCCAGGGCUCUAUAUUUUUACCUCUCCCUGCCGGAUGGUGCGUCCAGUCAGAAACUUGGCACUGGGAAAAGAAGAGCUGAUCGGUACUUUGGAACAGGUUUUCAUGAACGUGGCUAUAUAUGAGGGAGAAAUUGUGCCUGGAGUUACCACUCACCAGGAGCUCUUUCCACACAGUAUGAUGAGUGUGGUAGCAAACUUCAUCCCUUAUUCAGACCACAACCAGAGCCCCAGGAAUAUGUACCAGUGCCAGAUGGGAAAACAAACAAUGGGGUUUCCUCUUAUGACUUUCCAGGACCGCUCUGAUAAUAAGCUGUAUCGUCUUCAAACCCCUCAGAGCCCACUUGUACGACCAUCAAUGUACGAUUACUAUGAGAUGGAUAACUAUCCCAUUGGCACAAAUGCUAUUGUAGCAGUCAUUUCCUAUACAGGUUAUGACAUGGAGGAUGCUAUGAUAUUAAACAAGUCUUCGUGGGAAAGAGGAUUUGCCCAUGGAAGUGUCUACAAGACAGAUUUUAUUGACCUCUCUAAAAAAAUUAAAGAUGGAGAAGACAGUUUAGUUUUUGGGACCAAAGCGGAUGAUGAAAGAGCGAAGGACAAACUAGACGAGGAUGGCCUUCCCCCAGUAGGCUCUGUGCUGCAGUACGGAGAUCCGUACUAUGGAUAUCUCAACCUGAAUACGGGGGAAAACUUUGUCAUCUAUUACAAGAGCAAAGAGAACUGUAUUGUUGAUAACAUCAAAGUGUGCAGCAAUGACAUUGGCCUUGGAAGAUUUAAGUGUGUCUGCAUCACCAUGAGAGUUCCCCGCAAUCCCACUAUUGGAGAUAAGUUUGCAAGCCGGCAUGGCCAGAAGGGUAUUCUUAGUAGGCUGUGGCCAGCUGAGGAUAUGCCAUUUACGGAGAGUGGGAUGGUUCCAGACAUUUUGUUCAAUCCACAUGGUUUCCCAUCCAGAAUGACCAUCGGGAUGCUGAUUGAGAGCAUGGCGGGCAAGUCUGCGGCACUGCAUGGGCUUUGCCAUGAUGCUACGCCUUUUACUUUCUCCGAAGAGAACUCUGCUCUAGAAUAUUUUGGUGAGAUGCUGAAAGCUGGUGGUUACAAUUUCUAUGGCACGGAGAGACUCUACAGUGGCAUUAGUGGCUUGGAGUUGGAGGCAGACAUUUUCAUUGGUGUUGUAUAUUACCAACGUCUGCGUCACAUGGUUUCAGACAAAUUCCAAGUCAGGACAACUGGGGCUAGGGACAAAGUGACGAAUCAGCCUGUAGGUGGCAGGAAUAUCCAAGGAGGCAUUCGUUUUGGAGAAAUGGAACGGGAUGCCCUACUGGCUCAUGGAACUUCCUUCCUGCUUCAUGACAGACUCUUCAAUUGUUCUGAUAGAUCAGUGGCACAUGUGUGUGUGGAAUGUGGUAGCUUACUGUCUCCUUUCCUUGAAAAGCCCCCUCCGUCCUGGUCAGCAAUGCGAAAUAGGCAACAUUACUGUGCAUUCUGUAAUCAAACAGAUACAAUUGACACUAUAUCUGUGCCUUAUGUGUUCCGCUAUUUUGUAGCAGAAUUGGCUGCCAUGAACAUUAAUGUGAAAUUGAAUGUGCACUAGUAUGCUGGUGUUUUGUCUUCUAAAUUAAGAGAGAUAUCAAUGUGCCUUCUGGAUUUGUGUCCCUGUGUAUAAAUAUUGCGAAUAACACCUUUUCACUUACUUGA